GAACCUAAAUUUGGUACACAAGUUCAUCAAAAUAUUUGUAAAAGCCAGCUAGCUAGCUACUAAAAAAUGAUCGUUUCUAAGGCAUUUUCUGUUUUUAUUUUGUUCAAUGUAAUGUUUUUCACUUGUGUUUCAUCUCAUAAUGUACCAUGCCCUCCUACUCCAACAAAAGCCCCAGCCAAGUGCCCUAAAGAUACACUAAAAUUUGGUGUUUGUGGAGAUUGGCUUGGGCUAGUUCAUGAGGUCAUUGGGGCAAAACCAAGUAGCCAAUGUUGUGCCCUUUUGGAAGGGAUAGCAAAUGUUGAAGCUGCUUUGUGCUUAUGCACUGCCAUUAAGGCCAAUGUUUUGGGUGCCCUUAAGCUCAAAGUUCCCAUUGCUAUCAGUUUGGUUCUGAAUUCUUGUGGAAAGAAAGUACCUAAAGGCUUUACAUGUGCUUGACGGUUCAUACUGGCGUACACAGGAUUUUAUGCCUGCAGUGUCGGUCUAUUGUCACAAUUCGACUUGUAAAUGAGUUUGGUCCUAGAAUUAUGGUGGUCCUAGGCCUUACUUUCUGUCCCAGUUGUAAUUUACUCGAUAUUAUUUUCAAGCAGCACCGAUCUACAGUA